UCAAUUGUUGGCAAGACGUUUGAUUUGUCAAGUUCCCAAGAAGGAAGCUUUGGAUGGAGAAGAAAAAAAAAAGAUCACGCUCAGCUGCCAGCCGCCGUCAAAGCCGGGAAGUCACGUUACGUCCAGCUUCUUCCGGUAUGUGGGCAGCGGCCGCUCCCACCGGACUCGUCCCAAUCAACGACACCUGAGUCGAUCUGCGCCUCAACGUCUCGUCGUGCGCCAGAAGCCGUCAAAGGCGAAAGAAAGAAAAGCGGUUGCUGCUGCUGUUGUUGGCGGCGUUGGCACGAUGUCCAAGAAGUCAGGGAGUCGCCCGUGCGAGACGGAGGUCCCGGUGGACGCAUCCAUCAUCCGGAUCCCGCCUCACCACUACAUCCAUGUGCUGGACCAGAACAGCAACAUCGCCCGCGUGGAGAUCGGACCGCAGACUUACUACCGCCAGGACAACGAAAGGGUUCUGUUCGCCCCGGUGCGAAUGAUCAUGGUGCCCCCGCGCCACUACUGCGUGGUGGUCAACCCGGUGGCCUGCGAUGACAACGGCCGGGUUCUGUUCGACGGCUCGGGCCAGGCAAAACUGAGGCACGCCGACCUCGAGAUCCGCCUCACCAGGGAUCCCUUCCCGCUACACCCUGGAGAGGAGAUCCAGCAGGAUGUGACCCCCCUGCAGGUGGUGUACCCCGACACAGCGCUCCGUCUGCAGGCGCUGCUCGACUUCCUGGACGGCGGCGAAAACCGCGUGGCGGGAGACGAGUGGCUCUUUGAGGGACCCGGCACGUACAUCCCGAGGAAAGAGGCGGUUGUCCUGGAGACCAUCAAGGCCACGGUGAUUGGUGAGAAUCAGGCCAUACGGCUGCGAGCGCGCAAAGAGGGAGUCGACCGCGGGGGCGUACGCCGUGUCACAGGUGAGGAGUGGCUGGUGAGCAAGGUGGGCGCGUACCUGCCGGGCGCCCACGAGGAAGUCAUUGACAUCGUCAAUGCCUUCAUCCUGACGGACAAGAAAGCACUUCACGUGCGUGCCCUUCGACCUUUUCGCGACACGGGUGGUCACGACCGUCGCACCGGCGAAGAGUGGCUGGUGACCCUGGACGACCGCGAGGCUCACGUGCCGUCGGUGGCAGAGGAAGUGGUGGGCGUGGUCCACGUCACCACGCUCAGCACGCGCCAGUAUUGCGUCGUCUUGGACCCGGUUGGACCCGACGGGAAACCUCAGCUCGGCCAGAAGAGGGUGGUCAAGGGGGAGCGUUCAUUCUUCCUGCAGCCUGGCGAGCUUUUGGAACGAGGAAUUCAGGACGUCUUUGUGCUGUCUGAAGAAGAGGGGCUGGUGCUGCGCGCCAUCGAGCCCUUCACCGACACCCAGGAGCGCGAGGAGGCGGAGCCGGAGCAGGAAGGGGAGGGGGAGCCGGAGCGCAGCAAGCGUCGGCGUCACGCCGCUGUCCUACGUCGCCCCGGCGACCGCUGGAUGCUACGAGGACCCAUAGAGUACGUGCCCCCCUCCCAGGUGGAAGUCGUGCUCAGGCGCCAGGCCAUCCCGCUGGACGAGAACGAGGGGAUCUACGUGAGGGACAUCAAGAGCGGGAAGGUGCGCGCCGUGAUCGGUCAGACGUACAUGCUGACCCAGGACGAGGAGCUGUGGCCCAAGGAGCUCCCCGCCAACGUGGAGGCCCUGCUGGCAUCCCCUCGAGACCCCCUGGCAGACCGCUCCGACCACCGGAGAGCGAGCGAGGAGGGGAGGGCCGGACCGCGGGACAAGACGCUGGUGGUCUCCUUCAGGGUCCCGCACAACGCGGCUGUCCAGGUGUACGACUACCGUGAGAAGAGGGCCCGGGUGGUCUUCGGGCCCGAGCGGGUCAUGCUGGGGCCCGACGAGCAGUUCACCGUGCUGUCGCUGUCCGGCGACCGGCCCAAACGGGGGAACGUCAUCAAGGCCGUCUGCCUCCUGCUCGGACCAGACUUCUUUACCGACAUAAUCACCAUCGAGACUGCCGACCACGCCCGCCUGCAACUGCAGCUCUCCUACAACUGGCACUUUGACGUGAAGCCCCCCGUGGACCCGGCAGAGGCCGCUGCCCUCUUCUCGGUGCCGGACUUUGUGGGCGACGCCUGCAAGGCCAUCGCGUCGCGGGUUCGAGGCGCUGUCGCCUCCGUGCAGUUCGACGACUUCCACAAGAACUCCAACCGCAUCAUCUGCUCGGCCGUGUUCGGCUUCGACGAGAAGCUGGCGGUGCGGCCCAGUCUCCGCUUCCACCAGAACCGCCUGGUCAUCAGCAGCGUGGACAUCCAGUCGGUGGAACCCGUGGACCAGCGCACGCGAGACGCCCUGCAGAAAAGCGUUCAGCUCGCCAUCGAGAUCACCACCAACUCACAGGAGGCCGCGGCCAGACACGAAGCCGAGCGUCUGGAGCAGGAAGCUCGCGGGAAGCUCGAGCGGCAGAAGAUCACCGACCAGGCGGAGGCCGAGCGGGCCAGGAAGGAGCUCCUGGAGCUGGAGGCCCUCAGCGCCACCGUGGAGAGCACCGGCGCCGCCAAAGCCGAAGCUCAGUCCCGCGCCGAGGCGGCCCGCAUCCAGGGCGAGGCGGCGGUCCACGAGGCCAAGCUAAAGGCCGAGGCGCAGCGCAUUGAGGCGGAGGCCGAGCUGGAGCGGUUGGCCAAGGCUCGCCAGCAGGAGCUGAGCUACAGGAAGCAGAUGGACCAACUGGAGGUGGAGAAGCAGGAGCGACUCGCCAACAUCGAGAGCGAACGCUUCCGCCAGCUCGUCAGCAGCCUGGGCAGCGACACGCUGGCGGAGAUGGCGCGCGCCGGACCCGAGCUGCAGGUGAAAAUGCUUCAAGCGCUCGGCCUCAAGUCCACGCUCAUCACGGACGGCUCCUCCCCCAUCAACCUCUUCACCACCGCCAACGGCCUGCUGGGGGCGCUGCCCUCGCCCGCCCAGUGACUCCGCCGGAACAGGAAGUAGAAACCCUUUGAUAGCGACAGCAAAAAUCCAUUACCAAAAAUUAUGCAAAUGUUUCAAAAUACAGAAGAAUAUAGUACACUGCUUGUACCUUUUUGUUGUGUCAAGGAAAUAAAAUAAAUCAAACGUGCAAA